AUGGAGUCCUUCCAGGUCCUUCGCAGGUUGAUGAAGGCUCGCCUGGCCCUGAGACAGAAGGUGCCCCCGAAAUAUUACUCCUCGCACAGCAGCUCCAUCGCCAUAUCCUUCGAGCCGCUGCAAAUCAUCAACGUCGAAGGCAUGUCCCAGGCCGUCACGCUCUCGUCAAUUGUGACCUUGACCUGGCAUGACCCGGAAGUGACGUGGAAGCCCAGCGCCCACUCCGGCAUCAAGGACAUCCAGCUGGCGUCCGACAACUUCUGGAGACCGUCCAUCAUCGUCCCCAAGUCCACCGUGACCACGGACCUGAACAUACCUUUCCCGGAAGUGGUCGACAUCACCUACCGCGGCUACAUCACCGCCUUCAUACCGACCAUGGUCAGCACGCUGUGUAAUCUGGACAUGACCUACUUUCCCUUCGACGCCCACAACUGCUCCAUCGUAUUCAUAGAGGAGAGCCAAUACAACAUGACGUUCUACAACCUCCCACCCACGGACGUGACCUUGCACUUCGGCACCGACGGCGAGUGGUUCAUGGAGCGUCACGGAUGCUUCUCAACGAUAUCGCACUUCUCGCCGAACUUCGAAUACGUGAUUUGCUCCCUUGCCAUGCGCAGACGGAGUCUCUUCUUCGUGGUCAACCUGCUCGCUCCCAUGGCGAUGACAUCCGUGAUGACACUCAUGGUAUUCCUGAUCCCGGCAGACGGCGGCGAGAAGAUCGGAUUCGUCCUGUCGAUGUACACGUCAACCUCCGUGUUCUUGAGCUACAUCGUCGAGCGCAUUCCCAAGAACAUGGACAAGACUUUACCCCGUAUCAACAUCCUCCUCCUGGCCAUAGUGGCACAGGUCAUCGUCGCCACCAUGGCCACCGUCUUUGUCUUACAC